ACGUGACAUGUGUACAUAAAUAAUGAGAAGGAAGCUUGAAGUAAAGUAGCCGUGCUUGUUCUAGGCGAUAGUAAGCUUUAUUGAAGUUAGGCUGUAUCUACAAAACUCUAAAGAAAGCGAAGGAACAACCUACCACCAUGCCAACACUUGGAAUUGAUAAAAAUGACCAUCAAGCCGGCAAGAUUCGCGGCAAAAUGUUGGCAACAUUAGGAGCUGCAUUGGACGAGAUAAAUAAGGAAUAUCUAGAAGAUGAACACUGGCGGGAGGAAGAAGAUAUAGUAGAGAGAUUGGAAAAUUGCAAAAAACAAUUUUUGGAAUAUGAUAAUGAUAAGUCAGGGGAUCUUAAUAUUAUGGAUGUUAAAAUAAUGAUGGAGAAGUUGGGUCAAGCCAAGACACAUCUUGAAAUGAAAAAGAUGAUUGCAGAAGUGGACACAUCAAACAGUGGAGCCAUUAACUACAAAGAUUUUGUCCAGAUGAUGCUUGGGAAAAAAUCUUCCGUGCUGAAAUUGAUAUUAAUCUUCGAAGAGAAAACCAAGCAGCAACAAAAACCACAAGGGUUACCUCCAAAGAGAGAUUUGAGUAGCUUACCUUAGAAAUAAGAUAUUUUAAGUAAGCUGCAGCAUAUACGAUUCUACUGUUAAAAUAAACUCAAACGUUCUAUGGAUAAACAAAUAUUGUAGUUUAAUCGAAGCUACGUUGCUACAAUGAUUCCCUUGUCGUUUUCAAGAGAAUCAUUGCAGAAACGCAGCUCCGAUUAAAAUACAGUAAUUAUUUAUCCAUAGAAUUCUUGUGUUUAUUUUAAUGUGUUCAGUUACUAAAUGCCAUUGAAACAGUUCAUACUUCUGUUCAAUUUACAAUCUCUUAGUAUUAACACAUUGCUUAUAUAAUUUAAUAAUAUUUGGCAUGUCUAAUAAUGAUGACCACGAAAACGUUUAUCGAAUUCAAUAAUAUAUAUUGCUCAUUAUUAUGCGGAUCGAAUUUGUAUAUAAAAUCAUUUUAUAUCGUUGUUAAAUGUAAACAUAAACUUCGGAGAUUCAAAGUUAUUAUCUAUGGAUGUUAUGUCUGAUUAUUAUAAUGUUAUUCUAUUUGUUACUUUGUAAAUAUUUUAUAUAGGUAUAUAUGUUGUGAAAGAAUUUUUUUACAUAAGCAUGAUAAAUGCAUCAAUAAGUCUUUGGAAUUAAACUACAUCAAGGAGGCCA